GUAAAUUGAUCGAAUUAUUCUUUAUCGGUACAAAAAAGAGUUAUAAUAAAUUAGAAGGGCGGCUUUGGAAUAAUUAAGAAAAGGCAUAUUUAAUUAAUAACAUGACCCCUCCACUUUCUUGAGUCUAAUCAAAUGUGCCUUAAAUUAACAAAAAUGACUUCUCACUACUCACGCCAUUAAACUCCACAUACGCCUUUCCCUUUCACUUUCUUCUUCUUCUUCGUCUUCCUUCUACCUUCUUCUUCUCUCGAUUCAAUGGGUUAUCUCUCCUGCAAAGCUGGAUCCGCCGUCGCAAUCGCCGUCUCAUCUUCCGCAUCAACCUCCGGAUCCACCUCCAGCAAAGCUUCUGCUCGUCCCGAGUCUCCCAUUGAAGACCGCCCUAGACUUCGCCGUUUCCUGCAUCGCGAUCUUGACUCAGCCACAGGUGGAUUCGACAUCAACAAUCUCCUCGGACGUGGAAGCCAUGGAAGCGUUUACAAAGCAGUCAUCGGUUCACGUCUCGUCGCGGUCAAGAGACCUUCGAAAUCUCGUGAAAUCAGCCGUGAGUUUCACAACGAAUUCGAGAUUCUCUCCAGAAUCCGUAGCCCUAGGUUCGUGAAUCUCUUAGGUUUUAGCGCCGAUAACUCCAAAGAACCUCUUCUCGUUGUUGAAUACAUGGGAAACGGAAGCUUAUACGACGUGAUUCACUCAGAUUCCGUUUUAAAUUCCGGUGCGAUUUCGAGCUGGAGCAAGCGAAUCAAAAUCGCUCUUCAGAUUGCAAAAGCUGUUCAUCUUCUACAUUCACAGGAGACACCGAUCAUACACAGAGAUAUCAAAUCAGCAAACGUAUUGAUGGAUAAGAAUCUAAACGCGAAGCUAGGCGAUUUCGGAUUAGCGAUCAGAUGCAAUGUAGAUGAUCAAAAAGUGAAAUCAACACCACCUGCAGGAACAAUGGGGUACUUAGAUCCAGAUUACGUAACGGCUGAUAGAUUAAGCACCAAAACAGAUGUGUUUAGCUUCGGGAUCUUGUUGUUAGAGAUAAUCAGCGGAAGAAAAGCAAUCGACGUUAGAUAUUCGCCGUCGUUUAUAGUAGAUUGGGCGAUUCCGAUGAUAAAAAGAGGUAAAAUCGGUGGAAUUUAUGAUCCGAGAAUCGGACCACCGAUUGAUGUAAGUGUGAGGAAUCAUUUGGGGUUAGUGGCGGCUAAGUGUGUGAGAACGUGUAGAGAGAAACGGCCGGGGAUGGAGGAAGUGGUUGGGUGGCUCACGGGGUUGACUAAGUCGGUUAGGUCACGACGGUGGGAUGAUUUAAGCAUUGGAAACCCGUGUAUGAUGGUCGAGACGGUGGGUCGACCCGUGCAAUGAUUUUUUUUCUUUAAAAUCAAGUGCUUCGCUUUGAAGCCAUUUUUUUUACCUUUUGUGGUUUGGUCAAUUUAUUCAUUCAACAUAUAUACAAACUAAGAUUUAAAAUAAGCAUAUACAUUUGCAUAUGGUAUUUGACUGGAUCAUAAGGUUAUAUAAUAUAACCUUUGUUCUAAAAAUAAGCCGCCUAGCUAUGUAAAACAUUUUUCACUACCGCAUAGUCAUGUAACAAGUUCUUUAGCACU